UUGGAGUGACAUUUGAUGCAUAAUCUCAUCCAUCUUCUUUUUUAAAUUCCUUUUCAACGAAUUAAGAGACUCGGUAAAAGACCAUGUACCCCACAGGAAGUCUAAAAAGUAGCUAUCAACUUGUGCAAUGAUCCAAUCAGAAAUGAAAUUGUCACUCUUGACAGGGGCAAAUAGAACAAUCAUUAUAAACACAAGUGAUGUCAUUCUUAUCACUUCAGAUCAUGCUUCAUAUUUUUUUAGCUCUAUCGUGAUGGUUUAAAUGAUUAGAAAGUUGGUGAAAACGAUUUAAUAUCGUGUUAUAACCAAAAUUAUCUUUACUUCCAUCAUGAAGAACAGAAGGCCAGUGAGUGUCAAUAAAAUUUGCUCGAUCUUCCUCUUCAUAGUCAUUCUCAAAAUUGUCUUUGUCAAGAGAAGCGCAGUUCGACCCACUAAUUAAAGCCAACUUCUUUAAAGAGUAACAAAUUGAAACUCCCUUCAUCACAAACCACAAUUAUAUUAUGAAGUUCUCUCAAUAUAUAUGUUAUUCUACCACGUAAAGGCCACAUAAGGAUUGGUGCAGGGACAUAUUGUAUGUUUAUGUACUUGUCAAACAUGGUGGGCCUAAACUGAUUCAAUAGGUUGGGAUGAUCACCUAAGCAACACUUCAUUUUUGCUUGAAACUUCUUCAAUAAACUUUUUAUUGUAAUUUUCAUGUUAGGAAAGAGUGUUGUGUCAACCAUAGGAGAUAUGAUGGAACGUGAACAAACUAUAUCAUGAAUAAGUGUUCUAAUUAUUAAUAGUCAAACAUGGUCGAACACAGUCAAACACGGCAGAACAAGGUCAAACUGGUUCAAACUUAACACAGCAAGAUAAAAUAAAUUAAAGCCGGACGACAGUGAAACACGGUAGAACACAGUCAAAUUCACAUUAGAAUAUCUUGAAAAGCACAGUCAAACCCAUUCAAACACAGUAGAACACGGACAAACAAAUUCAAAGUUAGAACAAAAAAACAUGUAAUUUGGCUGGCUCAAUGGGUAAUUGCCUUAAUUUCUUGAAAAUUGGUCUUAAAUGGGAGUAAAUAUGACCGAAUAAGCUGCCGUAGGAGUGCUUAUGUUUUUGAGCCUAAACGGGACUAAAUUCCAGUAUUAUCCCCAUUUUACCCUUAAUGAUGAUACACUCCAGUGCUCCACUCAGGCCCAAAACCCAUCUCGCUCAUUAUUCGGUCCACUCAUAUCCCAAAACCCCAUAUCCUUUUCUCUUCGUUUUUAUUUGCAUCGCAUAUACUCCUUUUCCUUUUCUCUUCGUUCCCAAGGACGGCAUAGUUGUGGAAGAAGUGGGAUGACCAAACACCAUGGCCGGCAGUUUUGGAUGAAGGUGGGAAGAAGUAGUCGGAAAAUUCAUGGACGACGGUGAAGUGUCCCUCUUUUGCUUCAUCUUUCCGUCCUUGUUUCAUCUUUUUGUGGCAAGACUAGAGCUCACGGCUCUAUUUCUUAUUUGAUUGUCAACAAAUUCCAAAAUUAAUCUGAAAAUGCCAUAAAAAUGGCAUUCUUAUACUUCAAAAUUUUCAUAUUUCCCUCUGAAAAUGCCAUUCAUAUGGCAUUCUCGAUUCAUAAUGGCAUUCUAAUGAAAAUAUUUGCAUCGACGGCGGGGUCGGUUAGAUCUGCAGCGACUAAGUUCAGAUCUGCCACAGCAAAGCUCGGAUCUGAAGUGGCAGCGCCGGAAUCUGCAGGGGCGGCAUGCGGCGGCCUGAGGCGGCCAGAUCCGACGGCGGCAGCGGAUAGAUCUCCAGAGACAAUGGCUAGAUCUAUAGCGGCGACUAGUUCUACGGUGGUGGUGGUGGCCGGCGGUGACCGGCGACGGUGACCGGCGACUAGCGGUGGUCUAGCGUUACUCGCCGGCAGUAAGUUUGGGCAAGCUUGAGGGGUAUAUAUGUCAAACCACAAAUAAUUACUCCUAUUUGGGGAAAUUUUAAACUUUACUCCUAUUUUAGCAAUUAAAGUUCUAUUUACUCCUAUUUAGGUAAAUACCUCUAAUUUCUUUGUUUGGAACGAGAGGAUUCAACUUCUGAGGAUCUUCUAUUCGUUGAAUUUCCUUACUCUGCUUUGAGUCCGACUUCUUGAGAAGAUAUUUAGCAGGAUUAAUUUCUCCUAAUUUUACCAACCUAAGCUUACGUUUAGACUCAUCUUCUUUAAUCAUUGGAAUGGUAGGGUUCUUGACUUUCAUGAUGGUCAAAGUGACCAAAAGGUUUUGGGUAAGGUUGAAGGAGGAGUGUCGUUUGAAUGGAGAAAGAGGUUCAAGGAAGAGUGGCGUUCCAAGGAGUACCGUUCGAAGGAGGAGCUAGUGUCGUUCCAGGAGACUGCAGCUUGAAUUCGGAAAGGGAUCGAUUCCGUAUAUUUGAACGAAGGGUUUGAAAACAAUUCUCUUCAAGGUGUGCAUUUGGUGAGGAAUCACAAUUCACCUCAAUAUUGGAGAUGUCCUAAAAGGAAAUGUAUGACAAUUUGACGUAGUUGUUCAUGUAUAUUGUUUCACCUCUGUCCAUGGAGGAGUGGAUCCGGAACUCAUGCCAAACUCAUCAUAUCAUGAUUGUUAUUAUGGAAAAUAAACGUGAAUAUAACCUUAUUCGUCAAGUCAAAGCCCUGUGAUUCAAG